UUAUAUAACUAUAAUCCAUUGUAAUAAACACAGCAGAUUCUUCUUCAAUUUCUGCAGAAUUUGUGCUGCAAAAGAAAAAAAAAUGAAAGAAUCUUCCAAUAAGCAGUGGAGACCAUUCACAGCAAAUUGCUGUUCAGCUAAAGACCAGACAAUCUUUGGAAAUUUUAGCAGAUGUAGGCCUUCAAAAACAGAGUUAUCCAAGAACAUAGCUCCAUUGCCUUCCUUUAGGAAACUUUCAUUCUCUGAUGUGAGCAGGUCUUCUUCCAUGCGAAUAGAUGAAGAUCUUGCAGGAUGUUUAGGGCCAGACUUGUAUGAUUUUCAACUGAGUGAAUUAAGAGCCAUAACCCACAAUUUUUGCAGCAAUUAUUUGCUUGGAGAAGGUGGGUUUGGGACUGUUCAUAAGGGUUAUAUUGAUGAGAAUUUCAGGCAGGGUUUGAAGGCUCAGCCUGUUGCUGUUAAGCUUCUUGAUAUUGAAGGCCUUCAAGGACACCGAGAAUGGCUGGCAGAAGUAAUAUUCCUGGGUCAACUAAGGCAUCCAAAUUUGGUAAAACUAAUUGGGUAUUGUUGCGAGGAUGAAGAACGCCUUCUUGUGUAUGAGUUCAUGCCUAGAGGCAGCUUAGAAAAUCACUUAUUUAAGAGAAUAUCAUUGUCAUUGGCAUGGAGUACAAGGUUGAAAAUAGCAAUAGGAGCAGCUAAGGGGCUUGCCUUUCUUCAUAGUGCUGAGACGCCUGUCAUAUACCGUGACUUCAAGACCUCCAAUGUCUUGCUUGAUUCUGAUUUUACUGCAAAAUUAUCAGAUUUUGGACUUGCAAAAAUGGGACCUGAAGGAUCAGACACUCAUGUUACUACUCGAGUGAUGGGUACCUAUGGAUAUGCUGCCCCUGAGUAUGUCUCUACAGGUCACUUAACAAUCAAGAGUGAUGUUUAUAGCUUUGGGGUAGUGUUGCUAGAGCUACUAACAGGGAGAAGAGCGAUGGACAAAUCAAGAGGAAAAACUGAGCAAAACCUAAUUGAUUGGGCAAAGCCUUACCUCAAUAGUAGCAGAAGGUUGAGAUACAUCAUAGAUCCAAGACUUGCAGGCCAAUAUUCUGUGAAGGGGGCAAAGCAAAUUGGCCUUUUAGCAUUGCAAUGCAUAAGUGUGAACCCUAAAGACAGGCCCAAAAUGCCAGCCAUUCUUGAAACACUUGAAGCCCUGCAACAGUACAAGGACAUGGCUGUCACUUGUGGGCAAUGGCCUCCUUCACCAAAAUCUAAGGCUAGAAAUGGAGUUUCAACUCAAAUGAGACUCCAGGCAAGACAAAAUAAGUAAAUCUCUUAUGUAAUUU